UCGCGCUUCCUCCACUUCACACAGUGCUUGCAACCAUCUGCUGACUCGCAUUUUAACUAAAACCCCAAGCCACUGCUUCUUCCUCCCUUUCCGUCUCCUUGGCCCUCCCUUCCCUUCCCCGGACCACAAUUCCUGGAAAAGAGGAUAAAAGGCGGACAUAAAAGUUAUCCUUCUUUCCAUCUCUUUCCUUCAAUAUCAUAUCCAUUUCCAUUGGCUUGAAUAGGAGCAAGUACUCAUGGUUUCAACACCCUCCACUCUUCUCCACGUUUUCCUCCUCCUCCUCCUCCUCCUUCAAAGCCAUCCCUCCCAGCAGCAACAAAGCUCUUCCCUCAGUCCCACAGAUAAGGCUGCCCUCCUUGACGUUAGAAGCAACCUCCGCGACCUCCCCGGCUCCAACUUCUUCUCCACCUGGGACUUCACCGAUGACCCCUGUGCCACCUUUGCCGGUGUCGUAUGCUCCCCUGACGACCAGCACGGCAACCAAUCCCUCCGGAUUUCCGUCCUCACUCUUGGCACCGGCCUCGCCGGCUCCCUCUCACCCUCACUCGCCAAUCUCACCGCCCUCACCGAUCUAGUAGUCAAUCCCGGCCGCAUUUCAGGCCCCAUCCCUCCCGAUAUCGGCGCCCGCCUGCGCCGUCUCCGCUGUGUUUCCAUCUCCAACAAUCUCAUCUCCGGUUCAAUCCCGGUCUCUCUCGCCGGUCUCCCCGACCUCCACACCCUCGACCUCGGCCAGAACAAGCUCCGGGGUCCGAUCCCACCACUUCUUCUCCUCCCCUCCUCUCCAAGCCUCAAGGUCCUCAUCCUCGCGGCCAAUGGCGGGCUCAACGGCGAGGUCCCGCCCGGGAUCUCCGCCGCCCAGCUACUCCACCUCGACCUCCGCGGCAAUUCCCUCACCGGCGCACUCCCGCCGCUUCCCUCCACCCUUCGCUACCUCUCCGCCUCCGCCAACGCCCUGUCGGGCCCGCUAGACGCCGCCUUCGCCAAGCCGCUCCCAGACCUCGCCUUCCUCGACCUCUCCAUGAACGCCUUCACUGGCAGAGUUCCCCCGGCGAUCUUUGCCCUCCCCCGCCUCUCCUCCCUCCUCAUCCAGCGCAACAAUCUCUCCGGGCCGCUGGCCGUCCCGCGCCGCGGGGAGGCGUCGCCGUCGUGGGCGGUGGUGGAUCUGAGCCACAACAGGUUAUCCGGGGAAUUUCCGGCGGCGCUAGCGGCGGCGGAGAGCCUGUACCUGAACAAUAACCAGCUGACAGGGGCGGUGCCCGAGGAGGUGGCGAGGAGCCUUUACAUGGGGAGCAUGGCCACCCUCUACGCCCAGCACAACUACCUCACCUCUUUCCCCGCGCCGCCGCUCCCCCUGCCGGAUUCCGUCGCCCUCUGCCUCUCCCACAACUGCAUGUCCCUCCCCUCCGCCGCCACCAUCGGGUGCCCCGCCAGCGCCGGCACCCCGCCGUCCCGGCCGCCGUGGCAGUGUUCUAACACCACCACUGCCACCAGCGGGGAUGGCUGAGGGAGGGGCCAGCAGAUUGCAUUCAAAAAAUUGAUCGACUUCAUUUGUUGUUAUGUGUUUAUUCAAAUUUGUUUUGAAUUUGGGAUCAAAUUGAUGACUUUCUUUUGUUGUUAUUUGUUUAUUCAAAUUUGUUUUGAGUUUGGGAUCGGUUUAGUUUUUUGUUUUUGGGAUCGGUACGUUUAGUUGAUGCUUUGUUUGUUUCUUUUUGUAAGCAAACGGUCCGCUUCGCUUGGUUUUUGGUUUGAGGGGAUCGGAUGAUUGGUAUGGUUUUUGACUUUGUUUUGGUAUGGUCGUACUCUCUAAUCUCGGCCAAACAGCCGUAGCGCGGCAUGGCGUACCUAUAAGAAGUACGCUAUGCGCCAUCUUUCUUUGAUUAGUUAAGCCACCUUUUUGUAAGAAGGAUUUGCCUGCGACAUCCUCACGGGUUUGUCUCCCUUUCACCUCACAAUGCAGAAGCCAUCUGUCGAUGUUCUCAUUUUGCCGGUAACUCUCCUAGAUAAGAUACGUUGGUGUAUCAUUAUAGCGAUACUAUCAAGAUGUAUAUGUAU